AUGUCCUCUAAAUUCGUUGAAUCUACACAUGGCAAAAAACACUUAUGUUAUCUUGGUUAUCGAUAUUUUGCGAAACACAAAAAUCAAAAUGGUUCCGAGUAUUGGAUAUGUGUAAAAUGUAAUGCAACAGCAACAAGUUAUGCAGAUUUCUCAGUCGUAGUACGUGGUGAGCAUACACAUUUACCUGAUGAAACAGAUAAAGAAGUAUUGGAAAUGCGAAAAAAUUUAAAACGUAAAAUUAUUGAAGAAUCAAGUCCAGUAGAUCGCAUAGUUGAAGAAGCAUAUCGUACGAUUCAUGCGCAGCCACAAUCUACUGAUUUAAUUAUUAAUUUACCUGCGAUUCGUACAAUGAAAAAUACUUUACAAAAGCAUCGUCGUAAAACUCGACCAUCAGUUCCUCAAAAAAUCGAACAACUUCCGUUCCCAUUACCAGACGUUUAUUGUAAAACAGCUCAAGGUGAAUGGUUUUUGUUAUACGAUGGGCUGCUUGGUGGUACUCGUUCGCUAUUUUUUUUGCCACCUAUAACGAUAUUGUUUAUUUAUCACAGCAAGAACGUUGGUACAGUGAUGGGACGUUUUAUACAUGUCCGUCCAUUUUCUAUCAGAUAUAUUCGAUUCAUGCAUAUUAUGACGGAUUAUCAACACCAUGCAUAUUCGCGCUACUUGGUGUUUAUUUCGUCUUUCGCAGCAUUGCCACUAAUACCAUUAAAUCAUAUGUUGCAGGGUUUGCAAUGCCUAAUCUGUACUCAACCUGAAUAUCCAAAUAUUCAAGGCUUCCUUGAUUAUUAUCAUAAUACAUAUGGACCAUUCAGUAAAUUUCCACCACAUAUGUACAACCAUUAUCGUAAUAUAACACCGCGAACAAUUAAUUAUUUAGAAGGUCGACAUUCUCGAAUGAAAAAACACGUAAAUUCUCCACAUCCAAACAUCUUCAUUGCCAUUGACUUACUGAAAAAGGAGCAAGCGUUAACAUUGAUUGCAAGAACACGAGAUGACAUGGGUGCUCCAACUCCAAAACGUCAAAAAAUAAAGUUGCAACAGAUGAAUAUUUGAUGAAAUUGUGGACACGUUCCCAGGUAUACAAAACUUUCGAAAAACGCGUUUAAACGCACAAUCGGGAACCGCGACUGUGAUCCAUUGACGCUCAUUAAAAAAACGCAAGGAAUGACGUUUUUUGUACAAAAUAUUCAAUUUGCAAACGUGAAAACG